AUGGAGGCGGCGGUGGACAAGCUGGAGGCUCUGGUGAAUAAAUCGGAGGCAGAGCUGGAGUAUAUGGAGAAACGACUGAAACUGGACUUUAUCAACAGUUCAUCUGCAGCUCAGAACCCUGUGGCCCUGCUGGAGUCCCUGAGGGCCAUCAAAGCUCGGAAUGAUACUCUGAGCAGUGAGCUGCAGGAGCUGACCUCUGUCUACACUCAGUCCAUGGACUCCAUCAGGACCAACGUGGAGGAGGCACAAGAGAUGCUCCGGGUGCUGCGGGAGACGGCUGCCAUCAAGGAGGAGCACAGACCUCCUGCAGCUUCUGUGCGCCUCCUCUUGACCUCAUGUGGUGUUCUCCUGCAGGAGGCGUUGGAGGCCCCCGUUCCUGGGCACUCAUCAUGA